CCUGCACAUCAUACAUGCCCCGCCGCCCCGCCAGCGCGCCUUCCCCGAGAAUGCCAGGAAUCGUGGACGAUGCAGAGGCCAGGCGCAUAUCCAAGUCCAUAGACGAGAUGCUCAAGCAAGAGCGGGAGGGGAUGAAGAAGAAGCAGUCCAACCGGAAAGACGUCAAAGUCAUGCUCCUCGGCCAGGCAGAGUCUGGCAAAUCGACACUCCAGAAACAGUUUCAGCUCUACUACGCCUCGCAGACGCUCGACCGCGAACGGCCCUCAUGGCGCCCUAUCGUCUUCUUCAACGUCAUCAAGGCCGUCCGGACCAUCCUCGAAGAACUCGAGAUGGAAUUCACGAACAACCAGACCGACAACUCCUUCUCGUCCCUAAUCAACCUCGGCCCCAACUGGCCAGAUGAGAUCGGCCGGAUACGCACGAAGCUCCUACCGCUGAUCACCAUCGAGGACAACCUAGCCUCGGAGCUGUCGAACGGCGUGAGCGUCGCGGGUGGCAGAUCCGGCGUCUAUGUUCGCGCAGGCUGGCAGGCGCUCGUGACGCCCACACGGUCCUGGCCACUUUCCGAUAUUCGCAACUCGCUAGCGAACGCAAAGGCGGGCGUGAUGGCGAAUAUGGCCGCUCGGCAAUUGCAUGAUACGAAGUAUGACGUCGAAAGGCUUUGGCGUCAUCCCGCCGUCAAGGCUCUCCUCAGGCUACGCAAACUACGACUGGACGAGUCUGCAUCAUUCUUUCUGGAAGAGGUACAUCGACUAUCAGAACCGGAAUACAUGCCCACAACAGAGGACAUCCUACACGUACGGCUACAAACGCUCGGCGUCACAGAACACACGUUCGAUAUCAAUUUCGGAGGGGGGCAUUAUAAUUGGUAUCUUUAUGAUGUCGGUGGGGCUCGGCACGCAUGGGUACCGUAUUUUGAUGAUGCCACCGCUAUCAUCUUUUUGGCACCUAUCAGCGCUUUUGAUCAGUACCUGGAAGAAGACCCGCGGACGAACCGGAUCGACGAUUCGUUGCAGCUGUUCACGGCGAUUUGUACGAAUAAGCUGUUGAAGAAUUCGAGCUUGGUGUUGAUGCUGAAUAAGACCGACCUGCUGAAGAAGAAGCUACAAUCGGGGAUCGUGGUCAAGAAAUACAUCACUUCGUACGGCGAACGACCGAAUCGGUACGAGGACGUGUCGGAGUAUUUCCGUGCGCAUUUCUCGCAGGUGCAUAAGAGGAAGGGUCAGAGCCGACAGAAGCUGUUCGUGCAUUUCACGUCGAUGUUGGACGUCAGUGCGACGCAGAAGAUUAUUGUGGAUGUCAAUGAGGCUAUCAUCCGAUCGUACCUGGGGCAAUCCGGACUUGCAUGAUCGUAUUGACCGCCAAUGAUCAGCACCAACCUCGCCUUGCGCGUUUGGCCACCUCCCCAACCUUCUCCACCCUCCACCUACCGAUAUUUACUCACGAUGCGACAUCCCUUCCUGCCCCGCCUCGAAUGGGCGGUGUUCUCCCUCACCCUGAUCGUUAUGAUGUCCUUUCACCCAUGCAUGCGCCCACAUCUAAGUACCGUAUCGUACCCCAUCCUCCGCUCUAUAUAAGUAUUCUCGAUUCUCGCAUUCCUCUGCUUCUGCUUCUGCUUCUUCUGAGCCACGCCCAAGCCCACGCCCGCAUCACACCUCUGCUCUACAGUCAUACCAUCGCAAUCAAUCUCGAUUAUUUGUUUCUCCUCUUUUCUCUCUCUUUUCUCCUCCUCCGAUCAUUGCCAUUUUCCUCUAUUCCCUUUACAUACGUGUUUUUUGUCAAUGGUUUGCCUUUCCGUUUAAACAUUCCGUCACGUUUAUGAGAUGAGAUAAGAUGAGAGACGUUGCUCGCUGCUCGUUGUUCUUCUAUUUUCUAUUCCCUUCUUCCUCGUUCGCUUGCUUGCGCGCCUGCCUGCUUGAUUUGUAUUAAUUCGUUUUUUGCUACCCCUGGUUCGUUAGU